GGACUACAGCUCCCGCCGUGCCCCGCGCGGCUGCGCUCGGAGCCGUCGCGGAGGAGCAGGAGCCGGUCCCGCCGCCCUCCGCCCCGCCGCGGCCGUUGCGCCUACGGCAGUCCCCGGCUUCACUCGCGGCCUACUCCUGCUCCUCGGCAUGGCGCGGCCCCUCGUGCCCAGCUCGCAGAAAGCGCUGCUGCUGGAGCUCAAAGGGCUGCAGGAGGAGCCCGUGGAAGGGUUCCGGGUUAACCUGGUGGACGAGGGGGAUCUCUACAACUGGGAGGUGGCUAUCUUCGGCCCCCCCAACACCUACUAUGAGGGCGGGUACUUCAAGGCUCGUCUCCGGUUUCCCAUCGACUACCCCUAUUCUCCUCCUGCCUUUAGGUUCUUAACCAAAAUGUGGCACCCCAAUAUCUAUGAGACCGGCGAUGUCUGCAUCUCCAUCCUCCAUCCCCCGGUGGACGACCCGCAGAGCGGGGAGCUGCCGUCCGAGCGGUGGAACCCCACCCAGAACGUGCGGACCAUUCUCCUGAGUGUGAUCUCGCUGCUGAAUGAACCCAACACAUUUUCUCCAGCCAACGUGGAUGCCUCUGUGAUGUACCGCAAGUGGAAGGAGAGCAAAGGGAAGGACCGGGAGUACACGGACAUCAUCAGGAAGCAAGUCCUGGGCACAAAGGUGGACGCUGAGCGGGAUGGCGUGAAGGUCCCCACCACACUGGCAGAGUACUGUGUGAAGACCAAGACUCCAGCCCCAGAUGAGGGCUCGGACCUCUUCUAUGAUGACUAUUAUGAGGAUGAUGAGAUGGAGGAGGAAGCAGACAGCUGUUAUGGUGAUGAGGAUGACUCUGGCAAUGAGGAAUCUUGAUGGCCUUCCGGCAUUGCAAAACUUACUAUAAACUACUGAAUUUUACCUCAACUAGGACAAACUGGUUUGAAUUUAGGAUCUGUCAGCCCUGAAAUUAACUCUCUACCUCGCAGGGAGACUGUUCUGCUGUUGCAAAGGAAAUCCCACCAUGCUCUUUGUAGAAAAAGCAAAAAAAAAAAACCAAACCCCAAAACAAACCCUAUUUUAUAAACUUCCUGGGUGGGGGACGGGUGGGGAUGGGGAAGUUGUGUUGGGACAUUCAUGAAUCUACAGAAACCCGUGAGCUGGUGGCUCUAGCUGGAUGAGUGACAGCAAAACCUGGUGUUGGCUGCUGGUUGUUUGGGCAUGUUCAGCUCCUCUUCAGCCCAGUGUGGGAGGAACAGUUUGGGGAAGCUGCGGAGCGGGUGAGUGGUCACUUUGGGUGGAAGCGUGCGAGUGUUGCAUGGCUUUCUACAGCCUGAGGUGUCUGAGCAGGAAGGGCUGCAGGGUGAGUGCUGCCACCCACUGCCCCUGGCGGGGCUGUCCCUGGUGGGACCCUCCUGCCUCCCCUUCCCGUGAUGCUGGAGCCCCAUUCACAGCGAGUGGGUUGGGAAGGGCUGGGAGGUCGGGCAGGACGUGCCUGGCAGCUGCCUGGCACUGCAGGGUGUGGGGAUGGGCUGUUUGUAGUUUUUAACUAGCUGGGAGGGAUGGGGUAGUUCUGAGUCUUUCUGCUUCUGUUUUUUUGGAAACUAUUUAAUAAAGUACUUCAAGGGAAUGGC